AUGCCGAACCCAAGUGAGCUCUGUGAUGCGGAUUAUUUGGAGUAUUCUGGUUGGAUUGCCAUCUUCAGUGUUAUGAGAGGACCGUUUGUGGAAGAGUUUUAUCAAUGCGUAACAUACGCUUUCUAUACAGCUCAAUGGCAAGAACAGCUCUACACAACUCUCAGUCUCGUGUUGAUGUUCCUUUUACCACUUGUGAUCCUCAUCACCACUUACAUAGCUACUUUCCGCACCAUUGCCACAAAUUCCAAAACUACGUUCUGGCCGGAAGUAAGAAGAAUGGAGAAAUUCUUUGACUUUGCACGUCAGAAGAUACUUCGCAAAGCGAAGUUUAAGUCACUCAUGAUCACUGUCGUUAUCGUCCUAACCUUCGUGGUAUGCUGGACUCCUUACUACGUAACAAUGAUUAUCUUCAUUUUCCUGGAACCAGAUGAACAGCUAAGUGAAGGCCUGCAGUCUGCUAUUUACUUUUUCGGAAGUUCUACAGCCAUGCUCAACCCGCUUAUAUAUGGAGCAUUCCAUUUGAGGCCUCGUCGUAAGCCACAGUCAAAAUCCACCUCAGUUAUCAACAACAGUAGUUCCACUCGAGCUGAAACUUCAUUGAUGACAUUCCGCAAGAGUAAUCCAAGAAAGAGUAAAGAAGAGAAUUUGGCCCAACACAUAAAUGGAGAUGCCUUUGGUCUAAACCUUUGUCCAUACAGACAAAGGAAUACUUCUUCUACAGACUGUGAACGCUUGAGAAAAUCUGUACCAGAAGAAAUUACUUCAUUUUAAAUGACAGUAAUACUGCCUGAUCUGAAAUUGUUAUUUCAUGUAUCACAAAUGGAAGAAACCUUUUAAGUUACUUUAAU